AUGUCAACUUCAGAAGCUCAAUACUGGUCGUACGACAACAUUGUCCCCUCGUUUCGUCUUGAUGGAAGAUUGGCUAUUUUGACCGGUGGUUCCGGAGGUUUGGCUGCCGUUGUGGCACGUGCCUUGUUGGCUAAGGGCGCCGACGUUGCCUUGAUCGACAUUAACUUGGAGAGAACCCAGCAGGCAGCUAAAGACGUCUUGUUGUGGGGCGAAGAACACAUGAAGGGCAAGAACGAUAGUCCUAUUGGCCAAGUUAGUGCUUGGGCAUGCAACAUUGGCGAUGCCGAGUCUGUUGACUUGACAUUCAAGGCCAUCAAUGAACACCACAAUUUGAUUGCUGACUUGUUGGUUAACUCUGCAGGUUAUGCUGAAAACUUUCCAGCCGAGGACUAUCCAGCUAAGAAUGCCGAGGCUAUUAUGAAGGUUAACGGUUUGGGUGCAUUUUACGUGUCCCAGUCGUUUGCCAGACCCUUGAUUGCUCACAAUAAGGGCGGUUCCAUCAUCUUGAUUGGCUCCAUGUCGGGUACCAUUGUCAAUGACCCACAGCCACAGUGCAUGUACAACAUGUCCAAAGCUGGUGUCAUCCACUUGUGCAGAUCAUUGGCUUGCGAGUGGGCCAAGUACAACAUCAGAGUCAACACCUUGAGUCCCGGCUACAUUUUGACGCCAUUGACCAGAAACGUGAUUAGCGGACAUGCAAACAUGAAGGACGAGUGGGAAAGCAAGAUCCCAAUGAAGAGAAUGGCAGAGCCAAAAGAGUUUGUCGGAAGUAUACUAUACUUGGCAAGCGAUACUGCUUCUUCAUACACCACUGGUCACAAUUUGGUUGUAGAUGGAGGUUACGAAUGUUGGUAG